GUGAAAUGUAUAAUGAAGAGAAUCUGGCAAAGGCAAGUGCACUGCAACAAAAUAUGCAGGCAGACAUGGGAGGCACAGAGAUCUUCCAGCCCUUUAAGGCAAUCUAUUCACAGCCACCAAAGGCUGGCUAUGCAAGACAGAUUUUGUUAAUUUCUGAUGGAAGUGUGUGGAAUGUGGAUCAGAUGACAGACUUGGUGAGCCGUCAUGCCCAUGAGAGCCGGGUGUUUGCCGUGGGCAUUGGUCACGGGGCAUCAACCUCCCUUAUCAGGGGUGUGGCCAGAGCAGGCAAAGGUCGCUCAGAGAUGGUGUUUCAGCAAGACAAAAUCCAGCAUAAAGUGAUGGGCCUGGUCACCUCUAUGCUGCAGGACAGCAUGCAUAACGUGAGAGUGUCGUGUGAGGUGGAGCCAACAAGCAGAGUCAGGCUUGUGCCAAAAGUGCCGCCUGUCAUCUUUGGGGGACAGCACCUCAUCCUGUAUGCCAGAAUUCCUGCUGACACAGUGGUUAAAUCAGUAAAUAUUCAAGGCAGUUUAAGCAGCAAAGAUCUGAACUUUGUUGUCAAAGACUCAGAUGUCAGGGUAGUUCAUGAUGGGGAGAUGUCACUACAUCGGCUGGCAGCCCGCGCACAGAUCAACCAGUGGCAGGUUGACCAAGAAGAGGACAUUCGUGACGACAUGAUAAGUCUGAGUUUAGCUAGUGGUUUGGUAUCUCGUCUCACGGCUCUUGUUGGUGUUGACCAGGAAGGAAAAGCUGUUCCCAGAGGAGAAGAACCGGACUGUGUGCCAAAUAGGGAAGUGGCAUUCUCUACGGAGGCGGCGUGGGCGACGGCCCUGGCGCUGGCCCUGCUGGAGAAGCGGCACGCGGAGGCGCGGGACCAGUGGAGCCUCUUGGCCACGAAGGCGCGGGCCUUCCUCUCGGGCUGCCAGGAGGACGCGCAGGCGCUCGCCGAGGCCGCCCGUGCGCUGCUGGAGGCGCGCCCAUAAGCUGUGUUUACUUGGGUGCAUGGGAGGGAGGGGGCUUCUUCCAGAAAUCUAAGCCGUGGUUCCACUCGAGAUGCAGCGCCUGCGGGCCACCUCCCAUUUUCGUUGCCUUUGCUUACACUUCCUCCAGGCUUCAACAAAAUGUCCAAGACAGAGCAGACUACAAAUCACGUACGGCCAGCGAAGGAAAGAAGAGAUUCGGGCGGAGAGCGGCCGUGGCCUGGCUCCCGCAG